AUGGACCUUGCCGGCGUGCUGAUUUUCCUGUUCGUGGUUUGCAGGUCGUCGUCGCCUAAACAGUGUGCGGCUGCGAUGGGUGGAGGCGGUGGAGGGAACGGGGCCAGGAGGGUUGAGGCCACAGCUUGGGGUUCCAGGAACGAAUCUACAGUGUUUGCCUUUCUUUUUGAAGAAUUUGUAGAAAUAAGCAUUUUCCAAGUAAGUUGUCAAGGAAAUAUUUUUACAUUUGUUCAUUUCUCUUGGAAGGAGUCCAAAACUACCUACCUGGAAGAUCUUCCACCACUUCCCGAGUAUGAAUUGGCCCCAUCCAAAUUAGGAGAAGAAGUAGAUGAUGUUUAUCUCAUUCGAGCUCAAGGAUUGCCCUGGUCGUGCACUAUAGAAGAUGUACUUAACUUUUUCUCAGACUGCAGAAUCCGCAAUGGUGAGAAUGGAAUACAUUUCCUCUUAAAUAGAGAUGGGAAACGAAGGGGUGAUGCCUUGAUUGAGAUGGAAUCAGAGCAGGAUGUGCAGAAAGCCUUAGAGAAGCACCGCAUGUACAUGGGUCAGCGCUAUGUGGAAGUAUAUGAGAUAAACAAUGAAGAUGUGGAUGCCUUAAUGAAGAGCUUGCAGGUCAAAUCUUCACCUGUGGUAAAUGAUGGAGUGGUUCGUUUGCGAGGACUUCCUUAUAGUUGCAAUGAGAAAGACAUUGUAGACUUCUUUGCAGGACUGAAUAUAGUUGACAUUACUUUUGUGAUGGACUACAGAGGGAGAAGAAAAACUGGGGAAGCCUAUGUGCAAUUUGAAGAACCAGAAAUGGCCAACCAAGCCCUAUUGAAACACAGGGAGGAAAUUGGUAACCGAUAUAUCGAGAUAUUUCCAAGCAGAAGGAACGAAGUCCGAACACAUGUUGGCUCUCAUAAGGGAAAGAAAAUGGCAUCUUCUCCCACUGCUAAAUAUAUAACUGAGCCAGAAAUGGUCUUUGAAGAACAUGAAGUAAAUGAGGAUAUUCGGCCCAUGACAGCUUUUGAAAGUGAGAAAGAAAUAGAAUUGCCUAAGGAGGUGUCAGAGAAGCUUCCAGAGGCUGUGGAUUUUGGAACUACACCAUCUCUGCAUUUCGUCCACAUGAGAGGAUUGCCUUUCCAAGCCAAUGCCCAAGACAUUAUAAAUUUUUUCGCUCCACUGAAGCCUGCUAGAAUCACCAUGGAAUACAGUUCUAGUGGGAAGGCCACUGGAGAAGCUGACGUGCACUUCGAUACCCAUGAGGAUGCUGUGGCAGCGAUGCUCAAGGAUCGGUCCCACGUUCAUCAUAGGGUGAAGCAAGAAGCAUUUCAUUUGCACAUCUUUCUUGAACAUGGGAUGUAAAGUUCUAGUUUAUUAGCAGCAACUGCUAGAGAAAGGACUGGUAUUUUGGGUUAUUUGCUUCUGAAAAAAUUUCAUAGUGGACUGUUUAAAAAGGAAAGAUUCAGUUUAGGAUUAUUAAAUGAUUGAACUACAAAUUAAAAUUUUUGUUUAAACUAUCCAGUAUCUGAUAUAAAAAUAUGGUCUUUGUAUGAUUAAGCAGUUUGUUUUCAUAGAAGAUAUAUUACCCAUUGUAAAGACUACAUAUUUUUAUUCACUGUUCUUUAAAAAUCUUUCUCCCAUUUAAAAAAUGAUCUGUUCAAGGGUUUUGUUAUUUUUGCCUGUGAAUUGAGAGCUCUGAUGUAAACCUUCUCAUAGAGUAAAAUAAUGAUUUAUUUUACCCAAACACUCACCAAAGCAAAAAAAAAAAAAAGAUUCCAGACCUUUGAACCAGUAUGGUUUGGCAGAAUAGUUUUAAAUUUAUCUGUAUUUGAUUACUUAGCUAGAGAUAGAAUUGAAAAAAAAGAUCAAAACAAAAAAUAUCACAGGUUAGUGAGUAUAAAUGACAACAGUUUGGUGGUUUUAUGUCUUUAGAAAUGUUCUGCCUUUAUAAGCUUUGUGCUGAAGGCAUUUAACUUUGGUGCCUGUCUGCUUAAGGGGGCAUUCUAGUCUUAACUUAAAAGUUGUCUGAACCGUCCCUCUCCUCCUUUUUUGGUUUUGGGUAAACUUUAACUGUGUUCGUUAGUCUCAAAACUGUGAAGUGACAUGUUAGAACAGUCCUGACUGGUGAGGACAUUAAUGGCUUCACUUGAAUUUAAACCAGCUCUAGAUAGGAAAAAAGUCUGUCUCCUCAUUUGCUUUUUCAAUGGGGUAGCACAUCCCAUAUUUUAGAACAAGUAGGGGUGCCUUGCUUAAAUAAAAAUAGCAUUUAAUGUAUAAUUAUGUGAAGGGUUUAUGGAUAAAGCUGUACUUCUGUCACACUGUGGCAGUACAUUCUGCUUUAAUAUUAAACAGCUUGUUAUUUAAAUAUUGGAUUAAAUGGCUGGCUUCAAAAUGUAGUCAUUAAUAAACUAACUUUAUGUGCACCUGUGUAGGAGAAUCAAAGUCCUGUAUACUUUCUUUGCCUUGUUCCUGUUCUCAGGGUGACGACGGCCACCAGGAGAUGCAAUUCUAGUUCUUAAAAUUAAAUGUGCCCAGAUUUCUGAGAGGUGAUAUCUGAAAGAGAGAUUAUGUCUUCUCUCACUUAAUACAUAGUAUCUUUGAUUACCAGCUAAGAUAUGAAAUCACUGUACUGUAAGUAGUCAAUAAAUGAAGGCUUGUUUCAGGCUGAAGAUUA